AUGGCCAAACGCUCUCGAGUUCCCACCAAUACUGCUGCCGCCGCCGCCGCCGCCAAACGGGCGCGCCUAUCAAGGCCCUCUGUCCUAUCUCAGCGAUCGCUGUCGCCUCAGGAAACCCUUGGCGCCGCCGUAAGCCAGGCCACAACGUUUGAGUCGCAAUUUUUCGAGUCGCAAACAGAGGAGGAGGGUGCGGCUGAGGGCAGCCAGGCUGGUACAGCAGCAACAACAGAGGCUAGUGUUGAUACAGAGCCUGAUAAUGGCGAUAACUUUGACGGCAUUAACUGGGAUCGCCUCCCUCGGUUCAUGAAGCCUCUUACAACUGGGCGGCGCGUCAAGAGUUGGAUCUUUCAACAUGGAUAUCGCGUUGUUGAGCUCUACGAUCAGAAUCGAGUGUGGUUUGUAUGCAAAUACUGCCACAUCCACAAGGUCAUUGACACUGGCGGCAGUGGAGUUUUUGACGUAUCAAAGGCCACCUCCUCAGCUGCAGCUCAUCUUGGCCUUCAGAAACGAGGCCAUGGCUUUACAAAAGACGGCCUGAAGCCUCGAAGAACAGGGCAGCAACUCUCUCUACGACAGACGCUGGAGACUGGUGUUGCAGUCUCUCAAGAGGCUGCCAACGCGAUGGGCAACUUCAACAUCCAGCAGUUUCGUGAAGUUGCAGUGUUCUGCCUUCUUGAUAACAACUUGCCAAUGGAGCUACUUGCAAGGCCGUCCUUUCGCGAGAUGAUUAGCCUUGCAAACCCAGAGGCAGAGGCAGCUUUGUGGAUUGUCUGCGCUCUGUCAGAAGCUGCAAGCAAGAUCCACAUAAGCUUUGAUGGUUGGACGACAAAGGGUGGCAAGCGUGGAUUCUUUGGAGUCGUUGCACACUUUGCUAACGCCUCUGGAGUGAUACAAGAUCUCCCCAUCGCCCUCCCACAUCUCGCAGGCUCUCAUACUGGCAGAGAUGUCAACAAGCAAGUCAAGCUGGCUUGA